AUGCAGCGUCAAUUACUUAGGCAACCUUUUAAAACGCCCUUCAAACAUCAGCCCGAAGACGAUAAGAAUCAAAACCGUAUCAAGUUUAAAUCCGUGAAAUCUUCCGAAAGAAAUAUGAGUAAACGCUCUCGGUCAGUAUCUACUUAUGCCGACGAUAGUGAUAGUAGUCAUGCAUCAGAAAAUGGAGAUUCAUGUAAUGGCGAUAGCAGCAGUGAUUUUCACUCUGGAACUCCCCGCAAAAAGGUCAAAUCAUCAAAUUCAGUGAGAAAACCAUUAUCUAAUCUAUCUACAAACACUAAUCCGAUUACGAGGAAACGCACAGAUAAAUUCACCGUUCGUGAUCCGAUAAAAGUUCUUGGUUCAAAGUUUAAAAUACCUAGUUUUGCAAAAAAGGUGAUUAAUGGGAUGGAUUCUACGGAAAACACAAACAUUGGGACGCUGGGAAUACGCUCUAGAGAGCUGUUUAGUACAAGAACUUGUUUGUAUGACCAUAAAGCAGAAGAUGCACUUAUAUUAUAUGAUCCGGAGGAGGAUGCGAAGGAGGGGAAAGAGCAACCAAAAGAGGAAAAGCCUGUGAUAAAGGCCAAAUCUGUUGCGGAUAUUUUAGGCAUCAGAGUAGUUAAGCAUAAGAAGGUUCACGUUGUUGUAGAUCCUUGUCUGUCGAGUGUUCUUCGUCCUCAUCAGGUCGAGGGCGUGAAGUUUCUUUAUAAAUGCACAACGGGUCGAUUGGUACCAAACACCUUCGGGUGUAUUAUGGCAGACGAAAUGGGUCUUGGCAAGACCCUACAAUGUAUUGCUCUCCUUUGGACUCUACUUCGCCAAUCUCCCGAGCCGAGUAAAGGCACCAUUGACAAGUGCAUAAUAGCCUGUCCUUCAAGUUUGGUGCGUAACUGGGCGAAUGAGUUGGUGAAAUGGUUGGGUGCGACUAAAAUACGUCCGUUGGCUGUCGACCACAAAGGCAUGAAGGAAAGUUUAAUCCGAGAUCUCAGGCAUUUUGCGAGCGCACAAGGGCGUUCCAUAAUGAAUCCAGUACUGAUAAUAUCUUAUGAGACACUUCGUACUCACAUAGCCGAGCUACAGAACUGUCAAAUUGGUUUAUUGUUAUGCGAUGAGGGUCAUAGAUUAAAGAAUUCAAAUUCAUUGACAUUCCAGGCGCUAGACUCUUUACAAGUACAACGACGCGUAAUACUGUCCGGAACACCCAUACAAAACGACUUGUCGGAAUACUUCUCCUUAUUGAACUUUGCUAAUCCUGGGCUACUGGGCACCCCGGCUGAAUUCCGAAAAAACUACGAAAUCCCCAUUUUACGUGGUCGUGAUGCAGAUGCCAGCAGUACUGAACGGGAACUAAGCGAUCAAAAGCUGACAGAAUUAUGGGGAUUUGUCAGUAAAUUUAUAAUAAGAAGGACGAAUGAUAUACUAUCAAAAUACUUACCCGUGAAAUACGAGCAUGUAGUCUUCUGUAGGCUAAGUGAAUUCCAGACCAAGCUCUACAAUUUAUUCUUGACGUCUCCAGAAAUUAAGUGUCUGUUGCGCGGAGUUGGCUCGCAGCCGCUGAAAGCUAUCACUAUGCUAAAGAAACUCUGCAACCAUCCCGAUCUUCUCAAUUUACCACGAGAUCUCUCUGGAUCAGACCGCUGUUUUCCUGAAGGCUAUUCAAUUAAGGAGAAGGUGCGACAUGUGAGACCAGAGUUCUCGGGCAAGAUGACAAUUUUAGCCAGGAUGUUAGAAAAGAUACGGAACGAAACAGAUGAUAAGAUUGUUUUGAUAUCAAACUAUACUCAGACACUUGACUUAUUCGAGAAAUUAUGUCGCAACAGAAAGUAUGGCUGCUUGCGACUCGAUGGCUCAAUGUCGAUACAGAAGCGUCAGAAGCUGGUAGACAGAUUUAACGACCCAGAAGGGAAAGAGUUUGUAUUCUUACUCAGCAGCAAAGCCGGCGGAUGUGGACUCAAUUUAAUUGGUGCCAAUCGAUUAAUACUGUUUGAUCCAGAUUGGAAUCCGGCUGCGGACCAACAGGCCCUAGCGCGCGUAUGGAGAGAUGGUCAAAAGAAAGACUGUUUUGUCUAUCGAUUCAUUGGAACCGGAAGCAUCGAAGAGAAAAUCUUCCAACGUCAAUCUCAUAAACAAUCUCUUUCAUCCUGUGUGGUGGACGAAGAUGCAGAAGUUGAACGCCAUUUCUCACUGGAAUCUCUUCGGCAAUUGUUUCAGUUUAACCCUGAUACUAUUUGCGAGACUCACGGCACCUUUAAAUGUUCGAGAUGUAUUGAUGGUGUGCAGAACGAGGCGAGUAAAUGCAUGAACUAUGGAGACACAAGCACAUGGAACCAUUUUACUGGAAGUGAUGAUCUCGAGAACAUACACGAUUCGAUAUUAAGAGAAGAAGCGAACAAUGGAGUCGUUUCAUACGUUUUUGAGUAUAUAUCACACUGA